UAAAAUAUCGAACUCGGUGCGAAUUCAUGGUGCUGGUGUCUCCGCGCUUUCGCCAACCCAGCCACGCUUCAGAAGAAUCAGAGGAAGAGAGAGAGCAGAAAUUGAUGCAAUUUCAUUCACUAUUUGCAAAUUAAAGAUCAAAUUAAAGGGUUUUUUUUAAUAGAAAUUUGGGGAUUUUUGAGAGAGAAGAAAUGGGUACCCCAGAACCCAACAUCGACGAUUUGUUCGAAUCCAAGAAGAGAAUCAGGAACCCUUUAGUCCCAAUUGGUGCAUUAUUGACCGCUGGAGUUCUUACAGCUGGCUUAAUAAGUUUUAGGCAAGGGAAUUCACAAUUGGGUCAGAAACUUAUGAGAGCCCGUGUGGUAGUUCAAGGUGCAACUGUUGCUCUUAUGGUCGGCACAGCUAGCUAUUAUGGCGAAAGCUUCCCCAAAUUUCCAAAAUUCCCCGGCCUUUGAGGUACAUGACACUGCAGCAUUCUGCCCUUGACAUUUAAAGAUACCUUGAUUGGAAUGAUUUGGUGAUACCAAGGACAGUCAAUUAUCAGGCCUAAUUGCUGCUCUUCUAUCUUCAAAUACCUGAGUUGCUCUCAAGGAAAAGUACAUGUGUGCAGCAUUGCAUCUUUUGAAUUUUGAUUGUAAGAGGACUAAUAAUAGUAUUACUGAUAGAUUUUAUCCCUGAUUCCGGGAGUAAAAGUAUGGUAGACACAGGUUGCUCAAGAGGCUUGUAAUAAAAUAGGGAGAAAUAUUUCUACUGAUUGGGUAGCAAAUUUUGACCCUUCAUAUCUUACAAUUAAUUAGUUUUUUAUUUCUUUUUUUGUAAUCUUUGUAGUGAAAUGAUUUUUCCCUGCUCACAAUUCUCACAUUCUGUC